AGGACUAUUAGUUAAUUUUGGUUUUUGCGUUUUGGCAGUUACAAUGCAAGCUCAGAAAGAGGCACCUCCUGAAAUGCAGUGCAAGGACAAAUUUCUCAUUCAAAGUGUUAUUGCACCCAAUGGUGUCACUCCUAAAGACAUAACCCCAGAAAUGUUUAAUAAGGAGGAUGGGAAGGUUGUUGACGAGUUCAAAUUGAGGGUUAUUUACAUUCCUGCUAAUCCCCCUUCACCAGUCCCUGAAGGAUCAGAAGAAGGUUCUCCUCCCCGGGUAUUCACGGCUGCAGAUGGGAAUGGAAAUGCUUCACUGCAUGAUGCUGUAAAAAGAUCUUUGGAGGAGCCCAAAGGGAAACCUACAUCAGCAGAGGCAUGGUCUAUGAUUUCUAAAUUGACUGAAGAGAAAGCUUCCGCUAUUCACCAAAAUCAGAAGCUUCGUCAGGAAUUGGAACUGAUGAGAAAAGAACUCAGCAGAAGCCAUGCUGGUGGCGUCUCCAUUUUGUUUGUGGUUCUGUUUGGUCUACUUGGUAUUCUGGUUGGCUACUUGAUCAAAAAGACAUAGGAGCUGCAGUGAUAGCAAUCUGUCAUUCAUUUAUGGGAUGCCGACAUCAACUAUUGAGGUAUUCCGAAGUUUGGAAACUUUAUAGGACAUUCUUAGCCUAGUGUAAAAAAGAUGUAUUGUUAUGCAUUGUUGCCAUCGAAUGAUUUAUUUGCCCGAGUUUGAACAAGAACUCUGUUGAACGAUUUUAUUGAAUUAUUGAAUUGGUUGGCCGUCAACUGGAUGUGAGAUUUUCUGAUCU